AAGAUGGCUGCCAUCUCGAUGUGAGGAAACGUCAUUUCCCUGAAGAAACUGUAAUUUUUUAUACAAAUGUAUCGUUUCUAGUUUUAAUAAGUUGUAAAUUGAUUUAUCAAAGUGCUGUGAAUGAUAUAAUUUAGUAAAACAUGUCGGGAGAACGUGAGAUUCCGGCAGAGGACAGUAUUAGAGUAGUUUGUAGGUUUCGACCCUUGAAUGAUUCAGAAGAAAAGGCUGGGUCCAAAUUCGUCGUGAAAUUUCCUCAAGGGGGAGACGAAAAUUGCAUUUCAAUCGCAGGCAAAGUCUACCUAUUCGAUAAAGUCUUCAAACCGAACGCGACACAAGAAAAGGUCUACAAUGAAGCAGCUAAAAGUAUCGUCACAGAUGUCCUGUCCGGAUUUAACGGUACCAUUUUCGCAUACGGACAAACAUCUUCCGGUAAAACACACACAAUGGAAGGUGUCCUAGGUGAUCCUCAAAAACAGGGUAUAAUACCCCGAAUAGUAAACGAUAUAUUCAAUCACAUCUACGCUAUGGAAGAAAAUCUGGAAUUCCACAUCAAAGUAUCGUAUUUCGAAAUCUACAUGGACAAAAUUAGGGACUUGUUAGAUGUAUCCAAAGUAAAUUUAAGCGUUCACGAAGACAAAAACAGGGUACCGUAUGUGAAGGGAGCCACGGAAAGAUUCGUUUCCAGUCCAGAAGAGGUAUUCGAGGCGAUAGAAGAAGGAAAAUCGAAUAGGCAUAUAGCAGUUACGAAUAUGAACGAACACUCGUCUAGGUCGCAUUCCGUAUUCCUCAUUAACGUGAAACAGGAGAAUUUGGAAAACCAGAAGAAACUCUCUGGCAAAUUGUACCUAGUAGAUUUGGCGGGUUCGGAGAAAGUUUCUAAAACAGGAGCCGAAGGCACAGUGUUGGACGAGGCGAAAAACAUCAACAAAUCACUGUCGGCUUUAGGAAACGUCAUCAGCGCCUUAGCUGACGGCAACAAAACGCAUAUUCCCUACAGAGAUUCCAAGCUGACGCGUAUUCUACAAGAAUCUCUUGGUGGUAAUGCCAGAACGACGAUCGUCAUUUGUUGUUCGCCCGCUAGCUUCAACGAGUCGGAAACAAAGUCCACAUUGGAUUUCGGCAAAAGAGCCAAGACUGUCAAGAACGUGGUCUGCGUGAACGAGGAGCUCACCGCCGAAGAAUGGAAGCGGCGCUACGAGCGGGAAAAAGAGAAAGUGGCCCGACUGAAGGGCAAAGUGGAAAAGCUCGAGACGGAAUUGAACAGAUGGCGGAACGGCGAGACCGUUUCCAGCGACGAACAGAUCAACCUCAACGAUCUUUCUGACGCCGCGACGCCCGUCAACGCGAUGGAGGAGAGCGUCGUCGUCGAGAAGCCGUCGGGUCCUUUGCCUGCGACGCCUGCUCUGAUGAUCGGUUCGACGCUGGGCAUCGAGGAACGCAACAAAUUGGAAUUGGAAAGGGAGAGGCUGUACCAGCAGCUGGACGAGAAGGAUGAAGAGAUCAACCAGCAGAGCCAGUUCGUGGAGAAGCUGAAGGAGCAAAUGAUGGACCAGGAGGAGCUGAUCGCCGGUACUCGCAGAGACUACGAAGCUCUCCAAGCCGAGAUGAACAGGAUCCAGCAGGAGAACGAAAGCGCCAAGGAAGAGGUAAAAGAAGUUCUGCAGGCUCUCGAAGAGCUCGCCGUCAACUACGACCAAAAGAGCCAAGAAGUCGACGCCAAAAACAAGGAAAUGGAGUCCAUCUCCGAGGAACUCCUCCAGAAACAGGCCAACCUCAACACCACCACCACCGAACUCCAACAACUCCGAGACACCAGUACGCACCACAAGAAGCGCAUCGCCGACAUGUUGGCCGCAUUGCUCAAGGAGUUGGGGGAGAUCGGGUCUACUUUGGGUGGUGGUGGGGGGGAGGACGUGAAGCUGCCCAACGAUUCGGCUGCAAAGCUGGAGGAGGAGUUCACGGUGGCCAGGCUGUACAUAACGCGGAUGCGGAACGAGGUGGGCAAUCUGACGCAGCGGUUGCAGGAUAUCGAGAACAAGGAGCAGGACAGUAACAAGAAGGUGACCAAGUACGAAAAAGAGUUGGCGGAAUGCCGGUUGCUGAUAUCGCAGCACGAGGCGAGGAUGAAAAGCUUGCAGGAGUCGAUGAAGGAGGCGGAGAACAAGAAGCGCAUGUUGGAGGAGAGCAUCGACUCUUUGAGGGAGGAGUGUGCCAAGCUGAAGGCGGCCGAACAAGUGCAAAGCGUGAGCGAGAGCGAGAAAAAGGAGGCGAGCGAGUUGCUCAAAGCUCUCGAACAGCAAAUGGACCAGCUGCGCGUGGCGCAUCAGAAGCAGGUGGCCGCUUUGAGGGACGAGAUCGAUGAGAAGCAGACCCUCAUCAACGACAUCAAAGACUCCAAUCAGAAGCUCAGCUUGGCGCAGCAACAGCUGCAAUCCGACUACGACAAGAUCAAGUGCGAGGAGACGGAAAAGUCGCACAAGCUGCAGGAACUCAUUGCCACCAACGAGAGGCGGGAACAGGCCAGGAAGGACCUUAAAGGUUUGGAGGACACUGUCGCUAAGGAAUUGCAGACUCUGCACAACUUGAGGAAGCUGUUUGUGCAAGACUUACAGGCGCGCAUGAAAAAGAACAUGUCGACCGAGGAGAACGAGGAAGAUGGCGGCUCGUUGGCGCAGAAGCAGAAGAUCUCCUUCCUCGAGAACAACCUGGACCAGCUGACCAAGGUGCACAAGCAGCUGGUGCGCGACAACGCCGAUCUGCGGUGCGAGCUGCCCAAGCUGGAAAAGCGGCUGCGUGCCACCAUGGAGCGCGUCAAAGCGCUGGAGACGGCCCUGAAGGAGGCCAAGGAGGGGGCGAUGAGAGACCGCAAAAGGUACCAAUACGAAGUGGACAGGAUCAAGGAGGCCGUUAGACAGAAGAAUCUGGCGCGUCGCGGGCCGACUGCGACCAUUGCGAAGCCGAUCCGGGCCGGCCAGCAUCACACGAUCAACGUGGCGGGCAAUCCGGUCAUCAGGACGGGCAGGCCGAACGAGGAUGCGCAGAAGCGUCGGUCGAUCAUUGUCGGAGACAAAGAUUGAGCUGUCAUCCGUCGUUGUACCAGGUGCUUAAGAAAAAAAAAUGUAGUGAGCAACUUUGAAAACCGUAAUACCAAAAAUAUUGCCGAUACAUCUAUCUUGAGACGGUGGGAGGGGAACACGAAAGUCUCUCACGCGAAUCUCCUUUCGUGUGGCCCCCCCAUCCGUACGUCUAUGUGCUUACAGCUUAAUUAUUUAUAUAGAAUAAGAUGCACUCGAGCGAAAGAGAAAGAGAGUUGAAAACGAGUUCAUUUUCGAAAGUGAUAGAGAUCGAGAGCGAGUUUGUUUGUUUUAUGUGAUAUUCGUUCCACUUUUGCCUGUAUAUCGACAACUAUUCACUCGAAGGUUCGCUUGUAUUUUUCGUUAUUCACACCGAUUCUCCUAUUUUGUGGCGAAAAAUCUGCUGAAGAUAUCGCGAAGUAAAGUAACAAAAAUGAUAUCGCAAAAACAUGAUCGCCUCCAGUGAACCGAACAUUUUCUUUUGUACUUACGUAUUUUCGUAUGAAAAACACGGAUUUCACAAUGACAAUGUGAACAAACGGCUAUCUAUUGAGAUAUUUCACGAGGAAAUGCGAAAUUUCACAAUGUUUUGCCCACCAUCUUGGAUAUCCAUUUACAACUUGUGUCCUUCUUUUGCCAGCAUUGGACACUUUAUACACUCACGUUGUACUUCAAUAACACAUUUCAUUUACUGAUAUCAACAUAGAAGUAUGGUUUAUUAGGAUUUCUGUCUCUUUUCAGUAACAAUUUCUCCAGAUCAGGUAAUUAAUUUUCUUCAAGAAUAAAUACUUGGUUAUGUAUGUCACAAUGGCCUGAAGCCGUGUCAUCACAAAACCGUUGCUGAUCCGGGAUGGUUACCGGCGUAGAGAUCACGUUUGACUUCACGUAUGGCCCCCUUAUCCGAUGAAUCCGUCAUCAUCCGGCCUCUAUACGGGCGUAGAGAUAAAAGAGC